AGUAGUAUGUCCAACCAGCCACAUCUUUUCCGUCAACACGCUUGAAGGGAUUCGGACAACUUCAAUCUGCAGUUGAUGUCAGCUCCAAAAGGCGAGAACUGCCAGGUCGACAUGGAGAGCAAAGCUGGAGAUCUGUUCAGUGCUGAGGAUGCUCAUCCUACAGGUGGAGCUGGGAUCUUGGCCAAGCUGGGCCUCCCCAAAAGCAUCUCCCCCAGCGUGGCCAAAGAGUGGCUGGACAGGCGCCGCAUGUCCAUCCGACCGUGGGCGAGCUUCGUGGACCAGCGCAAGUUCUCCAAACCUCGCAACUUUGGCGAGCUGUGUCAGCGGGUGGUGAAAAACGUGGAGACGUUCAACAGCAACUACACCUUCAUCUUCUUGGGCCUCAUCCUCUACUGCAUAAUCAGCUCUCCAAUGUUGCUCAUUGCAUUGGCCGUGUUCCUCGGUGCCUUCUACAUCGUCCAUCUUAAAUCGCUGGAGUCGAAGCUGGUGAUCCUUGGCAAGGAACUGACUGUCCCACACCAGAUGAGUCUAGCUGGAGCCGUUUCCUUACCUGUGUUCUGGCUGGCAGGAGCAGGCGCUGCAGUUUUUUGGGUUCUGGGAGCGACCUUGUUCGUGAUCGGCAGUCACGCCGCAUUUCGUGAGCUGGAACCUUCCGACUUGGAGGAGCUCCUCAUGGAGCCCGUAUAAGGAGCAGGACGACCUGGCUGUGGUUUCCACGUACAAUGAUAUACUUUGCUGUUACACAGGUAUCAUGGCCUAUUCUACAUGUCGCCACUCUUAUCAUUAAAUGGGUUAGGGUUACAUUUAUACUUUGUUAUUCGCAAUUGUCGCUACGCCAAACUGCUAAGCCGGGAACACUUUCCCCAACAGAAGUGCCAUUUUUAAAGCAAUGAACACGUAAAAGUACUAUUAUGAUUCUAUACAAAUGAAAAUGCAUAAUGUUUUUUUUUUUUUUAACGCAAACCUUUAGUUUACUUCGUAUAGAAAUGGCGCCAGUGUAUAUUCUAUAGCCAGGAAAAUGGGAAUCUUGUGCAAAUGUUCAUUCCAGCAAUUACAAAGUGAAACUAAUACAUGACAGGAGCUCAGAACAUGCGAGAUGUUUGAUAUCAUUCUGAUUAUAGCAGCUUACAGUGGGGGUGUCCGAAUGUUUGGAAUUGGGGGCCGCAUUGGAAAAAAAAAUAGAUAAAAAAAUAUGUAUGUAUUAGGGCUGCAACUAACGAUUAAUUUGAUAAUCGAUUAAUCUGUCGAUUAUUGCUUCGAUUAAUAAUCGGAUAAAAGAGACAAACUACAUUUCUAUCCUUUCCGGUAUUUUAUUGAAAAAAUCCAGCAUACUGGCACCAUGUUGUGGACAUUGGGGGUGCAGCAUACACCAACAAUAACACAGAAAUGUAACUCAUCAGAACUGAAUCAGAUAUUUUACGCGUUUCUGUUGUGAAUAAUAAAGGAUUCAUUUUAGGCUGCCUCUGAUAAUAGCAUGAAAUAUUCCAGCACCUUCAUAACGUUUAGUUAUAGUAAAGCGUCACUCAAAUCUAAAUAUAUUUAUAUAGCUUUAUCGGGCCCGGCUACAUUGAUCCAUUAUGAAACCAACCUGAGAUAUUUCUGUCCGUUACGUUUAUUUCCAAAUUGGUAGCCGUGCGUUUUCUCUCUCAAAACGGAGUCAAAUGUGCCGGAGACACAUUAUCAGCCCCGCGUUGCAACAAAGGCAUAACGUUAACGUUACUCACAAAAAAGCUGAACUCAUGAAUGCUUGUUGCCACUAUGGACUUAAAAAGUUACGUACUGUGAGUUCCUCCCUUCAUCCAUGGCUCCAACAUGUUUCCUUUUCAGGUGCUCCUGAAGCAAUGUUGUACUUCCGUGCCAUUUUGCAGGAAACGCUCUUCUUUGAAGUCUUUAAAGUGAAGUGUUCCCACACUUUUGACGACUUAGGUCGUACAUUUUUCUCCAUUGAAGCAAUAACCUCAAGAUGUUUCUCCGCUAAACUAUCGGUAGUGUUUUCCUGCGCCAUUUUUCAAAAUUUUCCAGCAAAGGAAACGUGAGCUGCACAUGACCACAUCAUUGGCUAGCUUACGCCACCUCAUGAGACGUACGCUGUUUUGUACUGUUUUUGUACUUAUUUUGAUUAUUGUUUCUCAGCUGUUUGUAAAUGUUGCAGUUUAUAAAUAAAGGUUUAUAAAACAAAAAAACAAAAAAAAUAACCCAAAAAUUAAAAAAAAUUAUAAUAUAAAAA